UUUACUAAAUAACCUAACAAACCUAAAACACUAUGUAAAAACCUAAACCCUCUGUAAAUCGAUCUGUUGGGCUGAAAGAAAUGGAGUGGUUUAUGCGGCCCCGCAAGGAGAUGCAAAAAUAUGGUGACGCACAAUGUCCAGAUUACAAAGGUUAGUUUAUUUGUGCCCUAAAUCUUGAUUAUUUGUCUAUUUUGGCUGUGUAUACGACCUUGUGUGCAUAUUCGAGUAUAAUACUAUUCAUGUGGUCCUGAAUCUCCCUUUAUGUCCCCCAUUUUCAUCUUAGUUUGCCCUAAUUUAAACCCCCUUUUUGCUUGUUGUUUGUUGUGCAGAGUACCCUUCUUUUUUUACUAUAAAAAUGUAUCAUGGAGGACACUUUGACAAUGAUAAUACUAGGUUUGUUGAGUACAAAGUAGAUUACUUUGAUUUUUGUCAUGUGGAUUAUAUGUCGAUGUUUGAGUUAGGUGCAAUGGUUUCUGAGGCCAUAGGAAAGAAAUCUGCUGGUGCUGAAAUGUGUUUUAAGUCCCCAACUGAGGGUAUGUAAAAAAUUAGUAAGUUAGAAACAUAUAAUGAUAUCUUGCUGAUGACUUGGUUGAUUUCUGAGAAGGUGCAGUAUGUUGAGGUGUUUGUAGUCCUUAUAGAGCUCAUUGAAGUGGUAGGAUUACCUUUAGGAUAUCAAAACAUAGCCAAUGCCAAUGUCCUAAUUAUAAAUGUUGAUGAAGUGCAAAACUCAACUAGUUUUAAGUCAAGUGGAUACAGAUUAGGUAGUGCUGAUUUGAGUAGCCACAUUGAGGAAAACACUGUGACUAAGAAGAGAUGCAAGUCUGUUGGUAAGAAGCCAACACCAAGAAAGAAGAGGGCAGUAAGGCCUACAUUUGCAGAUGGUAAUGAGGCUGAUGGUGAGGAUAAUGUGAAUGAUGGUGCUAAUGACAACUUGAAGGAAGGAGGUGAAGAGGAUGUGAAUAAAGCUGCUGAAGACAAUGUGAAUAAGGCUGCUGAUGACACUCAUAUUCAAGGAGGUGAAGACAAUGUUAAUCAAGGUGCAAAUGAGAAUGAUGUGAAUGUUGGUGGUGAUGAAGAUUUGCAUGAGGGUGCUGGAAACAAUGUGAAUGAGGCUGGUAGUGAGAGCUUGAAGAGGAAGCUUCAAACAAUUUUAGUGAGGCUGGUGAGGAAGAAGAACUUGCUGAUGGAGACAACCUAAGUGAGACAACUUUAGGUUAUGAAGACUUGUUUAAUGAAGAAGAAAGUGAUGGUGAUGAUGAUGAGUGGCAUCCAGACAGCUCCAAUGAUGGCAAUACAACUGAAGAAGAGGAAUUAGGCAGCUAUGUGGAGUCCCUUGUUUUCAUGCUCUGGCUUUCCUCAAUUCAAAAGGAUUUGAACUAACUUUUGGAUUGCAUGUAUGCUACACCACAACAAUGUUCAGAAGGGUAUAUAGUCAUAUUGUUGAACCUAUCAAUGGAAAGGAGGAAUGGAUUAAAACUGGCUACACACAGCCCCUACCUCCUAAUGUCAAGCCAUCAACUGGUAGGCCAAAAAUGAGAAGGAACAAAAAAAAAUGACAUCAAGCCACAAGACCCAAAUUCAACCAAGCUUAUAAGGCAGAAGUCAAGUCUAAAGUGUGGCCUCUGCAAUAAAUGGGGACACAACAAAAGAACCUGUCAUGCCAAGCAUAAGGGACAAGGAUCAAAUGAGGCUGAUGAUGGAGGUCAGCAAAGUGAAACCAAUGCAAGUGGUGAUGCUAACUAGGAGGAGUUCACUUCUGGGGAAUCUCAGCCAACCAUGCACACUCAACCUCCACCAAAUCAAGAGCCAAAUGAAGGAGCAAAUGAAGAACCAACUGAUGGACCAACUGAAGGACCAUCAACAUGUGGAGUGGCUCCAAAGACAUGGCAGAAGAAAAACAAAACUAUCACUACAAGAGCUGAAAUCUUAAGGGCAAGGAGCACAAGGGAGAAGAAAGUUAACAAAAAGUAUCAGUGACUGCAGAUUUCUUUUUAGUUAAUCAGAUAUUCUGACAUCUUUUGUUGCAUCUUUUGUAAGCCAAAACUUAUUCAUGGCUUUAAUUUAUUUUGCUGCCUAAAGCCAUUUGUUAAGUUUAGCUAGUAAGCUUGCUUCACAGAAAACAUUAUGGAAUGAUGUAAUCUUUUGUUGACAUGGAC